GAUCAGACCAGUUCGCACUCCCAGCAAACCGAAGCAGAAGCAUGUCGUUGGUGCUGCUCGUCCUCCUCAGUGCUGUGAUCGGCCUCCUGGUUUGGAUCCUCAUGGGUUACGGAAGAACCAGGAAGCCGGAUGAACCUCCUCUGAUCAAAGGCUGGAUCCCCUUCAUCGGGAAAGCUCUGGAGUUCGGGAAGGAUGCUCACGGGUUUCUAGAGAAACAUAAGAGGAAGUAUGGAGACGUGUUCACGGUCCAGAUCGCAGGUAAAUACAUGACCUUCAUCAUGAACCCCCUCCUCUACCCCAGCAUCAUCAAGCAGGGCCGGCAGCUGGACUUCCACGAGUUCACCGAUAAGGUGGCUCCCGUCACAUUCGGCUACCCGCCCGUCCUGGGCAACACCUUCCACGGCCUUUGGGAGCAGAUCAAGCGCUCCUUCCAGCUGCUGCAGGGAGAUCACCUCGAGCCGCUGACAGAGAGCAUGAUGGGUAACCUGAUGCUGGUUUUCCGUCAAGACCAUCUGGACCGGGCGGGCGACUGGAGGAGCGGCGGCCUGUACGAGUUCUGCUCCUCCGUCAUGUUCGAGGCCACCUUCCUGACCAUCUAUGGCAAACCGGCGAGCGGCGUCCGCCACCGAGGGAUGGACGAUCUGAGGAGGGACUUCAACAAGUUCGAUAGCAUGUUCCCGUUCCUCAUCGCUCAGAUUCCCAUCUGGCUGCUGGGCCGGACCAAAGCCAUCCGCCAGAAGCUGAUCUCCUACUUCCUGCCGCAGAAGAUGUCCCACUGGUCCAACACCUCCCAGUUCAUCCAGAGAAGGUCGGAGCUGUUUGAGCAGCACGAUAAGCUGAAGGACGUGGAUAAAGCUGCUCAUCACUUUGCCAUCCUGUGGGCGUCCGUCGGCAACACGCUUCCUGCUACCUUCUGGGCCACCUACUUCCUGGUGAGCCAGCCCCAAGCGCUGAAGGUGGUCCGUCAGGAGAUCCUGGACGUCUUGAGGGACGAUGGCGUCGAGUUUGACGCCAGCAGGGACGUCCUGCUCAGCAAAGAGCAGCUGGAUAAGCUUAUCUUUCUGGAGAGCUCCAUCAACGAGAGCCUCCGCCUUUCCUCAGCCUCCAUGAACAUUCGGGUGGCUCAGGAGGACUUCAGUCUGCGGCUGGACAACGACCGAUCGGUGGGCGUCAGGAAAGGAGACGUCAUCGCCCUGUACCCUCAGAGUCUCCAUCUGGACCCCGAAAUCUAUGAGGAGCCCCAGACGUUCCGGUUCGACCGCUUCGUCCAGGACGGCAGAGAGAAGACGGACUUCUUCAAGGACGGACAGAAGCUCCGCUACUACCUGAUGCCGUUCGGCUCGGGCUCGUCCAUGUGUCCUGGACGAUACUUCGCUAUUAACGAGAUCAAGCAGUUUGUCUCUCUGCUGCUGCUUUACUUUGACCUGCAGCUGGAGGACGGGCAGAACCGGCCCCGCCUGGACUCCAGCAGAGCCGGACUGGGAAUCCUGCUUCCCUCCUCCGACGUUCGCUUCCGUUACAGACUGCGAGCCGACUGAUUCCCUGUGGGGGUCUCUGGACUCAGUAGUGGUCGGGUUCUGGUUGAUCCAGUUGGACUUUGGUUGAAUCGUGAUUCAGUUUAGAGCUGGAGGGUGAGCUCAGCGUGCCGGUUGCUCCUGAGGGGCGGCACCACAUCCUGUCCUCUUUAAUCCAGAUCAGAAAUCUUGAUUUUUAUGUCCUGAAUGUGACCUGCAGGUGAAGAACACAGCUGAUGGUUUUAGUCUUUAAUCAGUGACGACGCAGAGGUCUGUCCAAUCUGAACCAGCCGGUCGGGUCUCUGGAACGUUGAUGCCUCAUGCUGUCAGAGCAGAGCUGCUACAGCGCAACAGAAGAAAUGAAACAAUUCCUAAAAGAAUCCUGAAAAUCCUAACCUUGUUAUCCGACUUCCUCUAUAGUCAGAAAUGGCCCCCGUGUCUCUUUGUCCAGAGUUGCAGCAAAUAUCAUCCAGAGCCCCAGUGAGCCGCCUCCGCUCUGGUUCUGAAUGGAUGGAAACUGUCUGCUGGUAGCCAUGUAUCAGUUAGUAGCAUUUAGCUGCUCUCAGCAGAGCCACUAAAAUAUUUCUUUACCAAACUGAUGGACAGACCGAGCUUCAGUGUCUUCUACGGUUGGCAGCUUAGAUUAAAAGCAGCAUUUUUUAACUUAAUUAAGCUUUUUUCUAAACACUAAGAUGAUUGAUCCUGACUGAACAUCUUCACCUGUAAGUCAGGACUAUAUAUUUGUGUCAUUAAUUAAAUAUACUUUGGGAAAUAA